UUGUUUAUGAACCCGUGUCCAAAGAAGCUCGAGCCAGUUUAAAUUUACCGUUAAUUACCGUUAAUGUCGCGUGUAACGUCGCCACGAGGCUGGGUUUAACUUAACGUUUAUCUAACGUUGGGUCAACAUUACUGUGAAACGUCUUUAAAUGUCGUUAACUGGUUUAUUGAGGAGUUCACUGUGACUUCAGGUGCUUUGAAUCAUGAAGCAGCUGCCUCCAGACACGGUGCGGCUGCUGUCCAGCUCGCAGGUCAUCACCUCUGUGCUGAACGUCGUGAAAGAGCUGAUGGAAAACUCCCUCGAUGCCGGGGCUUCAAGCGUUGACAUCAAACUGGAGAACUACGGUUUGGACAGGGUCGAAGUGCGUGAUAACGGCCAUGGAAUCAAAGCUGCCGAUACUCCUGUGAUGGCCGUGAGACAUUUCACUUCAAAGAUCUGUAGCCACGAGGACCUGGAGCGUCUGGAGACGUACGGCUUCAGAGGAGAGGCACUGGGCUCCGUCUGUGCCGUGGCCGAGGUUGUUGUCACCACAAAGACAGAGGAGGAUGAGAUCAGCACACAGUACACGCUGAACUCCACGGGGGAGAUUGUUUCUCAGAAGCCGUCUCACUUAGGUCAAGGUACAACAGUGAGUGUACUGAAACUUUUCAAGAAUCUUCCAGUGAGACGGCAGUACUAUUCCUCUACCAAGAAGUGCAAGGAGGAACUGAAGAAAGUGAAUGAGCUGCUGAUGGCCUACGCCAUUAUAAAACCUGACUUGAGGCUCACGCUUAUUCACAAUAAGGUGGUGGUUUGGCAGAAGGCCAAGGUGGCCGAUCACAGAAGCGCCCUCAUUGCUACACUGGGGCCCAGCACCGUUGCCAACCUGCUCCCUUGCCACCAUCACCAAGAGCAACCAGAGAUCGUUUUAGAGGGCUUUUUUCCGAAGCCUGGAGCAGAUUACUCUUCGACAAGCUCAUCUAACCCCGACAAAACCUUUAUAUUUGUCAACAACCGGCCUGUCCACCAAAAAGAUGUAAUGAAGUUGUUGCGUCAACACUACACUGCUCAGUAUCCCGACGACCAGGCCCGAAACCGCUAUCCCAUCCUCAUGCUUAAAGUUACAGUUUCACCUUCCUCUGUCGAUGUCAAUCUGACACCGGACAAGACCCAGGUUCUUCUUCAUGACAAGGAGGCUGUGCUGACCGCAGUAGAGGCAUUUCUGGUUUCUCUCUAUGGCUAUCGGCCUAGUGGUGACCCCACAGCUGAGAAGCAGCUCGGCCAUGAGACAUCUCCCUCCCCGCCUGGUCCUUUACGGACUGAUGCUUCAGGACCGGACAAUAAACAGAGUCCCGACGGGGAUGAUGCUAACCUCCUCAAUGAGGCACCUCAGCAUGGUGACACAGCAGUCAGUACUGAUGCUUCACUGAAGCGUCAGACCUCAAAUGGCAGCUCUUCCUCUUCCUCUGUAGCUGAGGACUGGCAUGUCAACCGGAACCCAGCCACGUUUGAAUCUAGCUUUUCUCUCUAUGAUGAGCCUAGCUGCACUCAGACAGCAGAAACGGGUUCCCCUGAGAGACUUGAGGACAAUGCCGUGACAGGUGCAGACACAAGCAAAGACCAGUUAUCAGCCGAGGAGUGGAGCCGGGGGACGGCUUUCACCGACCCUGUAUCAGGAGAACCCGUGCAGCCCGUCAAAAUCCAUCAACCUUCAAAGAACAAUCAGUCUGAAUCAGAUGAGAUCAAGAGUCGGAGCAGCUCAGACAAAAAGACGUCCAACGCCAUAACAGAGAAGCAGGUCGCUCUGACGGCCUAUGACCUGAUCAACAACCGAGCCAUCAGGGCACCGCUGUCUCCCGCCGCCCUGUUCGAGAAGGAGGCCAGAGCAGAGGUCCUCAGGGAGAAACCCACAGCCAGCCUGCAGGAUAUCAGCGUUGCCGUUCACGAGAGGUGGAAAAAUCUGAGGGAGGAAGACCGUAAGAAGUAUGAGGAGAAGGCAAAGAAACACCGGGAAUGCCACGACCAAAGGAUCAAGUUAGCCUCUGCUGAAGGCCCCAGAGAGACGAGCAUGAGCGCCCAAAGGGGCCAAGCACAGGGCCAGAAACGCAAGGCCCCACUGUCCAACCAGAAGCUGCUGGACCAGCUCUUCUCUGCACAGCCCCAGAAGAAGAAUAGGAGCCCUGCACCUAAGCCCUCGCUGCCCCUCCCCUGCAGCCUACCUUCCCUUCGGCUGCAGCUUCAGCGCCUUUCAUCCCAGAGCAGCGCAGUGCCACGGGGCCUCCGUCUUGUAAACCGGCUGGCCUCUCAGAGCGCCUGGGUCAUUUUAUGUGGUCAGAGGCUCAUGUUGUUAAACCCAUUUCGAGUGGAGGAAGCCUUGCUGUUUAAGAGACUUCUAGAGAAUAAUAUACUUCCAGCAGCGAGUCUGCAGAACCCCAUACAGUUAACAGAUGGAAGUCUAGGGGGAGCUGAAUAUACUGAAGCUUUGUGCAACAUGGAGAAACAAAGCCCUGAGCUAAACGGAAGGACCUUCUUCUCUGAUCCCAGGCUCGUGGCUAAUGGCUUUAAAAUCCAACUUACUCCAGGCCUCACGUCAGCCGAGAGACAUCUGGAAGUGACAGCAAUGGCAGACUACGUGCCUUUCCUUGGUUUGGAGGACCUCAGGGAGAUCCUGACUGCAGUUCUUCACAGGAAGGCCAGGGCCGUGCAUGAGUGCCGGCCACUUAAAGUCACAAACUACCUACAAGGUGAAGCAGUGCGACUUGCCCGUCAGUUGCCUACAAAUUUAUCCAGGGAAGAUGUGGAGGAAACUCUGCUGAGGAUGGAACAGCAGCUUGGUGAGAACAGCCGGACCUGUAUCCAUGGACAACCAUUUUUCCAACACCUAUCUGACAUCCCUUCUACAGACCAGGAAGCUAAAGCUCUGCUGAAGCCUUCAGAGCUGUAAGAAAGUAGUAGACACCUUUAAUGAAAUACCACAGCAGCAGUUCAAUAUCUGUCUCAUCAGCUGUCUCAUCUUAAUACAGAUGAUUAUUCUCAAUGUAAAUGACUUAUUUGUAUUCUCAUCUGACUUUGGUACAAAGAAAACACAAAAAUAAAUAUUUUUUUUCACAUA